AUGUCUGUUUUCUUCAAAGAGAUUCUACCUGGUAACCCUGUUCAAGCAGGCGACGUCGAGGCCCUACUCGACCCCAUCAAUCUCACCAUCCGCCCCGAAGAAUCAUCAGAAUACCAACUCCUCCUCGCAGCUGUUCAUGACUGCGCAGAACGUGUCUCCAAUCUCCCCGACUAUCAGCCCGUCCCGGAUAUCGAAAGAUUCCCCCGUCAAAACAUCCAUCUUCCCGAAGAACACGAGCAAAGCUAUGGUCAUGCCUGGGCGCAUCGUUUCAUCAUCGAAGGCGACAAGUCGUCGCGCUCUGCAUUGGCGGGGAAGUCGGUUUGUCUGAAAGACUGUAUCGCUGUAGCUGGUGUGCCGCAGUUCUUUGGAAGCGAUGCGUUUCCCGCUUGGACACCGUCAACUGAUGCCACUGUUGUCACGAGAGUCCUUGAAGCAGGGGCUGUGAUUACGGGAACAGCGACAUGUGAAAACUUCUGCAACUCGACAUCAUCUUUCACAAGCGCCCAAGGAACGAUCGAUAACCCGCGCAAAGAGGGAUAUUCCGCUGGUGGUAGUACCUCUGGAGGCGCAGCCCUUGUCACGGGCGGUCUGGCCGAUAUAGCAAUUGGUACAGAUCAAGGAGGCAGUAUCCGUGUACCAGCCUCGCUAUGCGGUUGCGUCGGGUUCAAGCCAACGCAUGGACUUGUCCCAUAUACAGGUAUCACGAGUGGCGAUCAGAUUGAUGAUCAUGCCGGACCCCUCGCCCGGACAGUUGACGAAGCUGCUGCUUGCUUGGACGUCAUUGCAGGAUACGACGGCAUUGACGACCGAUCACUUGGUGCACCAUCAGCAGGAUCUUUCGACUUCUUGGGCUCAUUGGCCGGUGUAUCCGUCAAGAACCUCCGAAUCGGCGUUCUGAAAGAAGGCUACGACAAUGAUCUGGUACAGCCAGGUGUAAAGCAAACCUUUUUCGACACAAUAAACCGACUCAAAUCUCUCGGUGCUACUGUCGAAGAGGUUUCGAUUCCCCUUCAUAAAGAAGGCCCUUCAAUAUGGACCAUCCAGCAACGCAUAUCCGGUUCGGCAGGCAUCCUGGGCCAAGCUAAUGGCCGCCGAGGUCUUUACCUGACAGAGUUCGAGCAAGCCCGUCUUCCAUGGACAUCUUCUGAAUUUGAGAAGCUCUUUCCUUCCACCAAGAACACUGUCAUCAACGGCAUCUAUCUCUCACGCAAUUUCCCCGGUCUCUAUGCAAAGACAGUCAACAUCGGUCGGCAAAUACGCGAUGCAUACGAAGCAAAGUUCAAAGAAUACGACGUCAUCAUCAUGCCAACAACACCCUUCGUCGCACCGCGUCACGGCUCACGAGAGUCUGUGCUCAAGUCAUUCGAGCCGAGCAUUGGGAUGACGAACAACACUGCCAUCUUCAACGUCACGGGUAAUCCCGCUCUGUCGCUCCCUGUUGGUUGGUCAAAGGCUGUUGAUGAUGAGAGUGUUUUGUUGCCAGUUGGAUUACAGAUCGUUGGUGGCCUCUGGCAAGAGAAAAAGGUUCUGAACGUUGCGAAAGCGCUAGAGAGUAGUUUUGACUGGGAGCAGGAGGGAAAGUCUACAGUUGAAGAGACGGAGGAUGUGCUGAACGAGACGCUACUCCAAGCCUGCCCCACCCACGACUCCAUGAUAAACGAUGCACUACCCCAUUCGCCCCCUCCGUCACGAUUCCUCUCCAACUCUUGGAGUCAUUGCUGCAGAAUGGGUGACAACAUUGGCACAUACGACACUCCAAACAAGCGACAAAGAGUGGGUUACAAUGGGGCUGGAGUCAAUCUACGCAUGUGUCCACAUUGCGGGCGCACCUUCAAACGAACGGAGCAUCUCGAGAGGCACGUCAGAACACAUACCAAAGAGAAGCCGUUUUUGUGCCAUUGCGGGGCGUCAUUUGCAAGACGCGACCUGCUCACGCGUCAUCAAAGGCUAGCCGAGCAUGAGGGCGACGUCCCAUCGCCUGAACCUGCCCAAGGUAAUGUGACUGUCGUACAACAAGGGAAUGAUAGCAUCGGUGAUCCAGACUUGGCUGCGGCUGUGUCACUCUCCGGCCUAAGUGUUGACCCAUGGUUCUGUGCAAGAACACAGCAGCCGAUGCAGCUUCCUGUUGCUGUUCCUCAGACAGUGAAUGAACAAGUGCAACAUCAACCGAGUGCAGACGAUGGUCAAUUCGUUCCCAACUUUCUGUCACCACAGAUGCUUGACAGCGGCGUCGACUUUGACACCCACUUUCGCGAGUUCACCAGUUUCCUCGACGGCGUUGGACUCUCGGCUGAGUGGAGCCCUUUCUUCGGCGACCCUGACAGGCAUGAGGAACCCAUCGAUCCCGGGCUUACGCAAGACGAUAAUGAAGAGACCUCUCCCCGGCAAGGAGCUCCAACCCGAGCUGGGACGCCUUUCAGCUCAUGGCUUCCUUCUGCACCUACGGGUAAUCGGAUAUCCAACUAUGUCUCUGACACCGACAUCACCGAAGAGCAAAGAUUGAAACUCAAAACAUCUAUCCUUGACCACUCGCAUCUCCUGGACCCAGCCUUUUGUGUCCCAUCGAGACACGCUCUCACGCGUUAUGUGACCUCUUUCUUCGGCGGCUUUCAUACCCAUAUGCCGUUCAUUCACAUACCGACAUGGCAGAUCAACGAUCACUCACCUGAGUUGAUCUUCGGCAUCGCCGCCAUCGGAGCGCAGUACUGUUUCGAGUCGAGAGCCUCAGAGAGAUUGUUCUUCGCUGGAAAGGCUCUACUGAUGGAGAGACUGAGAAGGGACGCAGACUCAUUUGGUGUGUCCUCAGUUCCUAUACCGCAUGCCGUACCACAUAAUGGUCGUCGGAGCGAUGCUGGCAACGAUGCAGCGGUCGAAACUAUCAGAGCUUUGAUCACCCUCAUGGGCUUCGCAACAUGGGAACCCAAAGCAUCAAUGGUCCAGGAGUCCUUCGCAUUGCAGGGCAUUCUCACUCAGGUCCUUCGAAACUCUGGCCUUGAGGACGUCGAUGAGCCCGCAUCGCCAACACCAUCAGAUCAACCAAGCGACGGCAACUCACUCUGGCACGAAUGGAAGACGUGGAUCAAGCAAGAGUCGAACAGGCGCUCAAAGCUCAUCGGCUUUUCCUUCCUUCAUACCCACAGUAUCGCUUACAACGUCUAUCCAACACUCCGUAGUAACGAGAUUGGUCUGCGACUACCAUGCUCUACAAAGGAGUGGAAAGCGCCAACUCCAGCCUUGUGGCGUAUUGCAACAAAAGAGAUCCAAGAGCCACAGUUGUUCUUCCGAGAAGCGUUGUCAUUGCUGCUUAAGAACAAGAAUGACACAGCGCCACUAUUGCCAAUUCCUACGCCACUAGGCAAUUAUGUCCUGCUCCAUGGCCUACUUCAGAGAAUACACAUCGUACGAGAUCUGAGCCUUCCGGUGACCAGCAGCUCGGCUGUCCUUCCGAGCGAAGAGGUUGAGAAACUCGAACGAGGUUUGCGCUCGUGGACUUCGUGCUGGCAACAAGCCCCAGAGUCAACCCUCGACCCGAACAACGAGAACGGACCGAUCCCUUUUACUUCCAGCUCCCUUCUGUCAUUAGCAUAUGUGCGCAUAUAUCUGCACUUGGGUCCAUACAGACAACUCGAGACACGGGAUCCGCAGCGUAUCGCCAAUGCCAUCGCAGGCAGCCCCGAUAUCGAGAGGAGUGACGGCGUGAUUGCCGCACUCCUCUACUCGGCUCACAUGAUUGGAAUCCCGGUCCGCUUGGGCGUUGACCGUGUUGCAAGAAGUCAAGCCUUCUUCUGGAGUGUGAGGCACUCGCUCUCUGGUCUGGACUGCGCUGUACUAUUGAGCAAAUGGCUGUCAAAACUUGGGGAAACACUUGCCGAGCACCCGCUGAGUGAUAUCUCAGAUAGCGAAGACAGGAUCUUGCACUGGGUCAGAUGCAUCGUCGAGGAGGCAUACACGGUCGUCGACUUUGAUCAAGGCGCUGACACGGAUAACCCAACUCUUCUGGACUUCCGAGAUCCAAGCAACCUAUGCCUGGCAGUUUUGAAGAUAUGGGCACAUUUCUUCAAGAGUAACACCCAAUGGCCUUUCAUCAACAUCAUAGGUGUUGGGUUGGAAAAGUAUCGGGAAAUACUUAUUCACAAGAACAUCGGCUGA